AUGGUAACAGGAGUGCAUCCUCUUAUACCUCUUGAUGUACAAGAAGCAACAUGGCUGGUUAAAUUGCCGGAUCGUGUAUUGACAACAGAAGAAUUAAUUGGCUAUAGAGCAAGAGCUCUAGCCAAGCAUGAUACGCGUUGCACGGGGAUGAACGUGAAAGUGCAAAACACGCAAACAAGGAUCAAGUGUGUUGGGGAAAACCCUAAACACCUAAUACUCACACACACACACACACACACACACACACACACACACACACACACACACACUAUCACAAUCUCGGUGCAAGAGUUCGAGGGCCUUUGGUAUUAA